AAAGGUUGCACAUUUUCAGCCUCAAUCUAUUCUUCCAUCCUUUAAAAAAAAUUUAAAAAGAAAAAUCCCCCCUCAAGCUGUUCUAACUUCAAUCCCGAUGAUCCGCCAUUGAUGGUUCUACUUCACUGAUGCACCUUACCUUCAUCUUCUACUUACAAUCAUGGCUUCUGUGGCCCAAGUUGCUCACUUUCUAAGAUGGGCACCCUGCAAUUUCUCUCCCCAAAUCAGUAGGUGUCACUCCUCCACAUUUUCUCACCAAUUUGUGUGUCAUGGCAAGUUUUCUAUCUCCAUUAGUGUUCAUGGGUUUAGAAGAACAAAAUCCUCUUCCAUUAAUUUCACUUGCUCUGCUUCAAAUAAACCCUCCGCUUCUUCAAAUGAUAUCAGUUCUACAGCGAAGAUAAGGAGUGAAGUUCUUUCUCCUUUCCGCUCUUUUCGAAUGUUCUUUUACCUUGCUUUCAUUGCGAGUGGUAGUCUGGGCGGAUUGAUAGCUACGUCACAACUCAUUGGUGCUCUAGCAAAUCCAGCUAGAGCAGCUGAAGUCCCUGAGAUUGUCAAGGGUCUUGGCAUAGAUGUGGCAGCAGUUGCCGUCUUUGCCUUUUUAUAUAGUAGAGAUAGCAAGGCAAGCAAUGCACAGAUUGCUAGACUUACAAGAGAAGAGAACCUCUCUAAUCUUAAAAUUCGAGUUAGUGAUAGGAAGAUUAUUCCUCUUAACUCAUUUCGAGGGAUUGCCCGCCUUGUUAUUCUUUCUGGUCCUGGCUCCUUUAUUGCAGAGUCCUUUAAGCUUAGUGAGCCUUUCACUGAGAUGCUUUUGGACCGUGGGGUGCUUGUGGUUCCAUUUGCAACUGAUGGGGAAUUUCCUACUUUUGAGUUUGAUGAGAGUGAGGAUAUGACAUUGAUGACUAGUAAAAGAAAGAGGCUUUGGCAGUUGCUUCCUUUUGAUAUUUCGGAAUGGUCCAAGUGGAUAGAUGAACAGAAAAGCUUAGCAAAUGUCUCUUCUGAGUCUCCAGUGUAUAUGUCCCUACGCUUGGAUGGUCGUGUUCGAGGAAGUGGAGUUGGUUACCCACCCUGGAAUGCCUUUGUAGCACAACUACCACCAGUUAAGGGCAUGUGGUCGGGCCUUCUUGAUGGCAUGGAUGGCAGAGUUUGAAAGAGUGUUCCUAUUCUUUACUUGCAAGGUUGAAGAGAAUGCAUCCCUUGUGAGCUUAUGCCGUUGCAUGUUGGUUGAUUGCAGUGUGAAUGAAAAGCAAGUGUGUGAACCUACAACUCCUUUUGCAGCUACUUGAAGAAUGCAGCAGAUUUUGUACUGUUUCUGGUUAAAGUUGUAUAAAUUUUUGUUUGUAUAUAUUUCUAAAAUCACUAUAAUAGUAUAAUGUACAUAAGGGCUAUUAUUGCUUUUUUCUAACUCUGUAGGGGGUUAUAUUUGCAAGAAAAAACCCUUGAGAUUGGAUCAUUUUGCCCAUCUCUAAGAUGUGUAUAUCAUGAAUAUAUUUAAAAGUUUUCUCGAUGGGAGAUAAUGAAAAUUAGUCGCAGGAGCAUUAGAAUCUCAA